GCAUGCAAUUCCCUUUCCAUGAAAAUUUUUAUACAUAUCAUCAUAGCACGUUGAUUUAUUAAAAUGAAAAAAUGCAAAGAAAACAAGAAAACAAGUACACCAAAGCCGAAACCCAAGCCACUGGAUCAUUGUAAGAAUUGUGCAAGUAAAUAUUGUCCUGGCUCAACAAAACUAAUAUCUCAAAAAAGAUCAAAUCUUACACCAAAAGCAUCUAAAACCAGUAUUGGUACAAAAGCCAGUAAAAUGAGCACUACCAACAAAUGCAAUUGCGCAAGUUACCUGGAUCAUGCAGCUAUGUUAGACAUGAUGACAGAUGAUAAUAUCUGUUCAUGUGGAAUAUUUGCAAAAGCCCUACGCUCUAAUAUUCACAUGAAUAUAGGAACAUUGAUUCAUCAAGAAGAAUGUAACACAGCAACUGAAGACAAUGUCAUGGAAGAAAACUAAAUAAUUGCAUAAGAACAAAUAUUUGCCGUUUGUAACAAAAUUGGUAAAGUAGAAA